GGUGACUCAUGAAACAGCCAGCAGCUUGAAGGUGACUCACGAAACAGCCAACAGCUUGAAGGUGACUCAUGAAACAGCCAACAGGAAACAUGUGGCAGGAGGCAGCAGUCCGUUUGGGAUCCACGGACAGGGGAAAAAAACAGAAAGUCAUAAACGCUUUCAAAGAGCAGACGACCAGCGUGAGGGACGAAUUGUCCCUGUUCUUGACCGAGACCAGUUUUACCCCCAUCGUCCUCAUCUACAACUCGACGUCUGCUCUGAAAAAACUGGCCUGGUCAGUUCUGGUCCUUGGUUUCCUGGCCUACUCUAUCGUCCAGUGCUACUGGUUACUGGAGCGGUACUACUCUUAUCCAGUGGAGGUGAAGCUAGAUCUGAAAGCCUCCGUGGAGUUGGAGUUCCCCAGUGUGACUAUCUGCAACUUGAACCCCAUCCGACAGAGUAGCGCCAGGCACGAGCCGUACAAAGCACUCGAAAAAUUUGUCCAGCCAGAGAGUGACGACAUUCUUUUUAAAGCCACGCUCAAAUCCUGGGUAUUCGAAGAGACAUGUACAGAGAGUGACUUCCAGUGCAGCAAUGGCCGUUGUGUUUCUAAAGGUUUCGUUUGUGAUGGCAUUGAUGAUUGCAACAAUAAUGAUGAUGAGGCAAACUGCGCCGGUAGGAAAACACUAGAUCUAAGUUUAUAA